AUGGAUAACGAACAUAUAUUUGAUAAAUGCGGAUGUUGCCAGUGGGUUUUUGCUAAUAAUUGCCAAAAUUUCAAUGAACAUGAAUGUGUUUCGACCUUCAAUGAAGCAAUUCAUGAGUUUGUUGCCGACGAGCAGUCUUUCAUCUUUAUGGUAGAGAAAUUACCAGAUACGCCUGAUGUGUCAUUACCAGAUACGCCUGAUGUUUUAUUAUCAGAUACGUCUGAUCUGUUAUUAAACCCAAACCUGGGCAAAUUAAAGUGGACACAUGAAGCAAUUAUGUGUCUUAUUAAUUUGUAUAAAAAACAUCAAAAUGACUUCGCUUUAACAAAGUACAAAAACGACAAAGUGUGGGGAUGGAUCUCCAACGAGCUAAAUGCCAAUAGUCUUCAAUAUACUGCCAAUCAAUGCAAAUAUUUGAAAGCCAAGUAUGUACAAAAAAAAGACAAUAUGAAAUCCACAUCUAGUGGUGAAGCUUGUGUGAAGUUUAAGUACUUUAAUGAAUUAGAUGCCAUUUUUGGCACAAAACCCAAUGUUAAACCAGUUGCUGUGGCCUCGAAUCUCGUUCGACGUAAGAGAUUAAGAGAGAAUCUGACAGUGAGCGACGAUAUUUUAAGUAAUGACUAUGAGACUGAAAAUGAAACAGGGAACCAAGAGAAUAAUGCACCAGAUGGUCUGACUGAUAAUAACCCACAGCCCAUAAGAAAAAGACUACGACCUUCCGCAAAGUCAAGAGAGAACGACAUGAGGAAAAUAUGA